GUUCUGUUCGUCCUCCUUCUCCUUCCGCCUCAUAAUCUGAAAUCCCUAUCCUAUUACUCCCUCCUCACGACAUUUGCUCGCUUUUCAGUUUUUUCAAUCACUGCACGUAGAGAGCAGCAGGGAAGUGUCGCAUCUUCAGCUCUAUUAUCGUCAUCUUCCUAUUUCCAGUGGCGGAAUACGAAAUUGACUGCCGUUGAAGGAUCU